GUGGGCCUCUCGUCUGUGCUUGGCUCCGGAGACUUCAUUCUGCUAGUCUUCUGGUGGUUUUCUGGGUUAUUUAGGCAGGUGUAGUUGGAAUCGAAGUGAUCAGCAGGAGGCGCGGUGAGCCCAGCGUCCUCCUACGCUGCCAUCUUCUGCCGGUCCCCUGCAUAGUCUUAAUAUAAUCAAGAGAAGGCAUCAGAUGAACCUAAAUUGAGGGAAAUCUAUAAAAAUGUCUGACCACUGGUCUUCAGAAUGUGUAACGGUCAUGAAAGACAAGACUUGAGAAGUCGUAACUGAUGAGAAGAGACCAAGGAGGCAUGACAAAUGCAGCAUGGUAUUCUGGAUUGGAUCUGGGAACAUAAAAUUCUAUUAGUGGAAAAACUGGUGAAAUCCUAACAAAGUCCAUAAUUUGGUUACUAGAAUUGUACAAAUGCUUAUUUUUUAGCUUUGACCAUUGUAUUAUGGUUAUGUCAGGUGUUAACAUUAGGGGAAGUUGAGUGAAAGGUCUAUGAAAACUCACUGUACUGUUUUUGUAACUUCUCUGUAACUCUGAAGUUUUUUCAAAUAAAAAAGUUUUUAAAAAGUAAUUUUACAUGUUAUCUUUGCAUUAUCAAGGGGUCAUAUAAAGCUAUGGUUAAGAAUUUACACUUUGGACUGAGAGUACUUGGACUCUAAUCCUAGCUCUGUCACUGUGUGACCUUGGGUGAGUCACUUAACUUCUCUUUGCACCUCAGUUUCAUCAUCUAUAAAAUAUAAAGAUUGAGUAAGGUAGCAGUGUAAAGUGCAUAGGUUAGUGCAUGGUACAUUGUCAGUGACAAUAGAGAGUAAAAUUAGAAUAGAUAAUAAAGAUAGAACACUGGGGUACUGUUUAAGCUCCAUCUUUUAGAACCCCUGUAUCUACUUUGAUGAAAAGUUUUUAGAAGCACUUCUCUACAUGAACUGAGUUAUAGUUCUUGAGCUGAUCAACUGUUGAGGAGUCUUCCAACAUCUCGGAGAUCCCAAUAGAAUUUAAAGCUACUAGGAAAGGUUUUCAUUGGCUGCUCCCGGAUGGCUGCCACCGCUGGAGCUGCUGCUCUCUCUUAGUGCUGCUCCUCGCUCGGCUAGCUGAGGGCGCCGCGGCCUCUUCUUUUGUCCGGUUACCCUGCGCAUUGUCCUGAAGGGUGCCGCUUUUCCCGCGGCCGGCAGCAUGGGCCGGGAGUCACGCCAUUAUCGGAAGUGGUCAGCAUCAAGGGGGCGCUCUGGAAGUCGAUCUAUAAGUCGCUCACCUGACAAAAGAAGUAAACGUGGAGAUGACAGGCGGUCCAGAAGCAGAGAUAGAGAUAGAAGGAGAGAGAGGUCUCGUAGCAGGGAUAAAAGAAGAUCUCGGUCAAGAGACUGGAAGCGCCUGAGACUUUCCAGAAGUAGAGAGAGAGAUCGAAGUCGAGAGCAAAGAAGAUCUCGAAGUCAAGACAGGAGAUGCUCCAGGAGUAGAAGCCGAGGCCGGCGAUCCAGAUCCUCAAGUCCUGGCAAUAAAAGCAAGAAAGCUGAGAAUAGGUCUAGGUCCAAAGAGAAAACAGAUAGUGGGGAAAGUUCUAAAGAGAAGAAAAAAGAAGAUGACAAGGAGGAUGAAAAAGAAAAAGAUGCUGGUAACUUUGAUCAGAAUAAGCUGGAAGAAGAAAUGAGGAAGCGAAAAGAAUGAGUAGAAAAAUGGCGAGAGGAGCAACGUAAAAAGGCCAUGGAAAACAUUGGGGAACUGAAAAAGGAAAUAGAAGAGAUGAAACAAGGGAAAAAAUGGAGUUUAGAAGAUGAUGAUGAUGAUGAAGAUGAUCCUGCAGAAGCUGAAAAGGAAGGAAAUGAAAUGGAGGGUGAGGAGUUAGAUUCAUUAGAUGCUUACAUGGAAGAAGUGAAAGAGGAAGUAAAAAAGUUUAAUAUGCGAAGUGUGAAGGGUGCUGGAGGGAAUGAAAAGAAGUCUGGGCCAACAGUCACAAAAGUUGUCACUGUAGUGACAAACAAAAAAGCAGUGGUAGAUUCUGAUAAGAAGAAAGGUGAGCUAAUGGAGAAUGACCAGGAUGCCAUGGAGUAUUCUUCAGAGGAGGAAGAAGUUGAUCUUCAGACGGCCCUUACAGGCUACCAGACAAAACAGAGAAAGCUUCUAGAACCAGUGGAUCAUGGAAAAAUUGAAUAUGAACCAUUCAGAAAAAACUUUUAUGUUGAAGUUCCAGAAUUAGCAAAAAUGUCUCAAGAGGAGGUAAAUGUUUUUCGGUUGGAAAUGGAAGGCAUUACUGUCAAGGGAAAAGGUUGCCCCAAACCAAUUAAAUCUUGGGUCCAGUGUGGAAUUUCCAUGAAGAUCCUAAAUUCUCUCAAAAAGCAUGGCUAUGAAAAACCCACGCCAAUCCAGUCCCAGGCGAUUCCUGCUAUAAUGUCUAGACGAGAUUUGAUUGGUAUUGCCAAGACAGGAAGCGGAAAGACCAUUGCUUUUCUGUUGCCCAUGUUUAGACACAUCAUGGAUCAGAGGUCAUUAGAAGAAGGAGAGGGGCCAAUAGCUGUCAUCAUGACUCCAACUCGAGAACUGGCUUUACAAAUUACUAAAGAACGUAAGAAGUUUUCAAAGACCCUGGGACUUAGAGUGGUCUGUGUUUAUGGAGGAACAGGAAUCAGUGAGCAGAUUGCUGAGCUGAAAAGAGGUGCUGAAAUUAUUGUUUGCACACCUGGUCGAAUGAUUGACAUGUUAGCAGCUAAUAGUGGUCGGGUCACAAAUCUUGGAAGAGUAACAUAUGUUGUUUUAGACCUAGCAGACAGAAUGUUUGACAUGGGUUUUGAACCACAGGUCAUGCGCAUUGUGGAUAAUGUCCAUCCUGAUCAACAGACAGUUAUGUUUUCAGCUACUUUCCCCAGAGCUAUGGAGGCUUUGGCUCACAGAAUCCUCAGUAAACCCAUUGAAGUGCAGGUUGGAGGCAGAAGCGUGGUUUGCUCAGAUGUGGAACAACAAGUGAUUGUGAUUGAAGAAGAAAAGAAGUUCUUGAAGUUACUUGAGCUUCUCGGCCAUUAUCAAGAAUUGGGAUCUGUCAUUAUAUUUGUGGAUAAGCAGGAACAUGCAGAUGGUCUUCUGAAAGAUUUAAUGAGAGCAUCUUAUCCUUGCAUGUCUCUUCAUGGAGGCAUUGAUCAAUAUGACAGAGAUAGCAUCAUAAAUGACUUCAAGAAUGGGACCUGCAAACUUCUCAUAGCCACUUCUGUUGCUGCCCGAGGUUUAGAUGUGAAACAUCUGAUUCUUGUAAAUUACAGCUGCCCCAACCAUUAUGAGGAUUAUGUGCACAGAGCGGGACGGACUGGAAGAGCAGGCAAUAAAGGUUAUGCGUAUACUUUUAUCACAGAAGAUCAAGCUCGCUAUGCUGGUGACAUAAUUAAAGCUCUUGAAUUGUCAGGAACUGCGGUGUCUUCUGAUCUGGAGAAACUUUGGAGUGAUUUCAAAGAUCAGCAGAAAUCUGAAGGGAAAAUAAUUAAAAAGAGUAGUGGGUUCUCUGGUAAGGGAUUCAAGUUUGAUGAAACAGAACAAGCUUUGGCUAAUGAGAGGAAGAAAUUGCAAAAAGCAGCUCUCAGUUUGCAAGAUUCAGAUGAUGAGGAUGCUGCAGUCGACAUUGAUGAACAAAUUGAAAGUAUGUUUAAUUCAAAGAAGAGAGUAAAAGAUAUGGCUGCUCCUGGAACAUCUAGUGUUCCUGCUCCAACUGUGGGAAAUGCUGAGAAAUUAGAAAUAGCUAAGAGACUGGCUCUUAGAAUCAAUGCUCAGAAGAAUUUGGGCAUUGAGUCUUAGGUAGAUGUGAUGCAACAGGCCACCAAUGCAAUUCUCAGAGGCGGCACCAUCCUGGCUCCCACUGUGUCUGCAAAAACCAUUGCAGAGCAACUUGCUGAAAAGAUCAAUGCUAAGCUCAAUUAUGUGCCUUUGGAGAAACAAGAAGAGGAGAGGCAAGAUGGUGGACAGAAUGAAUCUUUUAAAAGAUAUGAAGAAGAAUUAGAGAUCAGUGACUUCCCACAGACUGCUAGGUGGAAAGUUACCUCUAAGGAAGCUCUGCAGAGAAUCAGUGAAUAUUCUGAAGCUGCAAUUACAAUCAGAGGAACAUAUUUCCCACCUGGCAAAGAACCUAAGGAAGGAGAGUGGAAAAUUUACUUGGCAAUUGAAAGUGCCAAUGAACUGGCUGUGCAGAAAGCAAAGGCAGAAAUCACCAGACUUAUAAAAGAAGAACUGAUCCAGCUGCAAAAUUCAUACCAACCAACAAAUAAAGGAAGAUACAAAGUCUUAUAAAAUAUUUCGAAAAAACAUUUUACCUCUGCUGGUCUGUGAUACAUGUGGCAGUUGUCUGCAGUUUACAAUGUAUUGUAAAUUAAGAUUUUUAAAAUUCUGUCUUGCUGAUUUUUUUAAAUACAUGAAACCAGUAUUUGCUAAAGAAAUCUUCUUUCAGUAAGUACCACCAGAAUUAUCAAACUGUAUUUAAAGCAGGCCUGUUUUCAGAGUAUGAUGCCCUUUAAUGUAAAGUUUAAAUACCAAUAUUUUAAAUGUCUGGAUAAAAUUCCAGAAGUUUAAAAAAAUGGAAAUAUUUGGGCUUUCUAUCAACGGUAAUAAAGUACACAAGUCACUAGGGGCCUACUCACCAUAUCCUUUUGAAAUGAAAUUGUGAUCUCCUCAGAAAAGGUAAAAUUCUCUAAUAUUUUGUCCCCCCCACCCCCCCCUUGAGCUUAAAUCUUACUUGAUUCAUUGGAACAGUAUGAACUGGAUUUAAGAAUGUUAUAAUAGAAUUUUUACAAAAUGUUUCAGAGUUUUUGUUUCAGUUUUUAUCAUCGUAAAUGGGCAAUAGUUGGACUGCUUUUCAGUUUUGUAAAAUUAAAGAUUUGUAGUAUAAAAAAAUUAAAAAAAAAUAAAGCUACUAGGAAAAUAGCUAGGGGGCAGCCCAACUUAUUGGUAUCUCCUUAAUAAGCAUUGUGGGUACACACAUGUAUGGCAAAUUAGCUACUAUGUGUGCUUUUUAUUCAAGAGUUAUGUGUCUAGUAAGCAUUUA